AUGGGUGAAAUCGGUUUGGGUUGGUGGGUCCAAUGGCUGUGCAGAGAUAGAACGGAGCAAGGUUGGGCAAGGAGAGGUUGGAAUUUGGAAGUGAGGAAGAAGAAGAAGAAGAAGAAGACGAAGAGAGGAUUUGGGGAUAGGGAUUUUUGUAGAGGGAGAGAGAGAGAAGGCUCAAGAGCUCGUUUGCUGAAGAGGAAGGUGUAA